CUGGACGGCUCCGCGUGUCGACAGACUGGUUUUCCAUUGGCCGAGGAAUCGACAAGAGUGACAUUCGGAGGAGAGGAGAGUCCGAGUUUUGUCUCUCCCUUCCUAUCGCCUAUUGCCACGUUCGUUCGGCGAGAGUCAAUAACCAGACUCUUCUGACAGCAAAUUUGGAAUUAGACACGAGGCUCGACUCGAGAAGCCUUUUAACCUCGAUCGCACACAUGCAAUGCCUAACAAUAUCUAAUGAUGUCUAUUAUACUAUAAAUAUUUCUAAUGGAUAUGUUUAUUUAUCUUAUCUCAUGUUUGCAAAACGUAGGUAUACACAGAAGAUAAAGAAUAACAUAUCAAUUCGAGGCUCAGCAUUCGAAUGUCAUCUGUUAUCAGCAGCGGCAAGCCAGAAAGUUCGUCGACGGAUCUCGGAUGGCAGCACUCGCUGUUCUCGUAUAUAUAGAGCAUCGAAUAAAUCACAGGUGACCGGCGACACAUAUAUAUAUUACCAUUAUUACCUCACAAACUAAAAGUCAUUUGGAGUAAAGUGAGAUUUCUAAUCAAUUUCUAGUCGCAUGAAAGUUUUAAACUCGGACGUUCUCUCGCUUCUGAAAUUAUUAUAAAGCGCAGACACUCGAAUAUUCGAGCCCCUCAGAAGUUAAACCGAUCGACUCCCACAUUUUAUUUUCAUUUUCAAACAUUUUUAAUUCAACACACGCUUUUACUUUAUUCCUUCGUCGAUUCCUUGCAUUUUACUUUACAUGGAAUUGAUUGGCUUCUGAAAAGUUCGUAUAUCGAUCCUGUGCUUCACUGACUUUACGACGUUCGAGUACUCUUUUCCUUUUUGAAUUGACAAUCUUUUUCUCCGCACAGAGACUCCGCGGACUCUCACUUGGGAUUUCCUUCCUUCCUUCCUUCCUCGUCGCUUCUCGGAAACUACGUCGUCACUCGUCUUAAAGAGGGGCUUCGAGAAUCUUUCCUAUCCGCCACUGAGACCUCUCCGCGGGCGCAUGCUGCACAUAUGACAUGACGUGGCGGGCGAGCGGAGUGUCGACACGGCCAGGCGCUGACGAGUGGACGCGCGCUCUCCGCGGGCCGAGCAGUCCCAAUCGCUCCGCGCCGCAAGCGAAUCGCUCGACGCCGAGCGCGCACAACAUGCGCCUGAGUCUCGUCGAGUCGCUCUGAUUGCACUGAACGCAGGGACAUCGCUGCCAAUGCCGCUCGUAUAUCGGUGCCCUGAUUGAAGUGCUGCUCGACGGGAUAUGGACCCAGAGAAUGUGGGCAAGGAGACUCUCCUGAAAGUGACAGAUUGGUUGCGUGGAAUUUGGGAAAUGAGACGGCGCGCCGGCGGACCGGUUCAACAAUGGAUUGACUCCAUACCGCCGUCCGCGAGGUCGGACAUUGUCAUUGCGAGCGAGUGCCGAGAACGUAGCCAUGGGCAGAAACCGUUGACACCAACCGAGCCUAAGGAGAUUCCGUUUUCUAAGGACUUGCAGCCCCCAAGCAUGACCGUAUCGGCGCCUAUUAAUGUUCCUAAUUCUCCAGCGAUGAAUACACCGGUAUUACCAAGUUCGCUUCCCCAUCAGAGACUGGCGUCGCGAGACGCGAGCUUUCAGUCGGACAGCAGUCACUGCAGCAGCGUCGAGAGUCUGUUAGAAUUGCGAAAGGCGGAUCCGGCAGCGAUUCUGCUCGAUCUCGGCUUCGGCGGCUCAUCGAGCAGUCCGCAGGAGAACGGUACAAUUUCUCGCAUUCCUAGAAGGUUCCUACAGCCGUCGUCGUUGCGGGGCAUCGACGUAGACGAGUUUCUCAAGCAGCAACAGGAGACCACCGAAUCCUUCGAUUCGGUGUCUUUAGGAUAUAGAGGCCUGACGGGAUCGCCGUUUAUAGCCCCAUCGGAAAUUGUGCAGAAGAUUAAGGAACGUUUGCGGGAGCACGAGAGCCACGAAGUGGACGCGAGCUUGUACCUCUGCGACCAGUACAAUUUAUUGCCUCAGAAUGGAAAGCUCUCUGUGCUGUCCCCCGAUAACAGGCAGUUCCUGGAACAGCCGCGUUCCAAGAGUCCCGAUAUGCGCAACAAGCGUAUGAUCAUAGGGCAGAAAUCAUUCGCUUUCGGACGCGACGGAAAUUUAAUCGAGAUAUCUACCGAUGACACGGAGCUCAUCACGCGCGAUACAGUAAAUGAUCACAAUAGCUCGUCGGAUGCCGGCGAAUCCGUAGAAUUGAAGCAACCGUCCCCGGAGAACAGUGUAACGUUCGAUCACCGAUAUCUCUCGAAGUACGACAAGAAGCUGGCGAAACAAUUGUCGUUCGACGACGAUGCUGGCGAAUUUUCCGAAACUGACCAAUUUUCGAAAGAUGAUCGGGAGAUCCCACGUAGCUUGAACGUUGCUCAAAGUGGCACAAAUGUAGACGAUAGGGAACGAGAACGUAAUGAAUUAGGCGAAACCAUCGGCGAGCUCUCCGAUGCUCGACGGGCCAGCGACGGCUCGUGCGACGCCAAAUCCUUAACGAGCAAACCGUUUUACGGUAGGCGAUUCAGCGACGGCGCGAUGCGCAUUGCCGAGCGUCAAAGCGAGGGGUACGCGUUAAUGCAAAAGAGAAGGAGUCUCAAAAGACAGUCUAGAGUAUGUGAUACAACCGCAAUGCACUAUUGCGAUCAAAGUCCUACUAGGUCUAGCAUACCGAGUAUAGUAAUAAUAGAACCUAAUGUAGAUAACGAGGUGUCGAGCGACGUAACUGAUAGUUCACAAUUAAAUGUGCCGAAACCGUUCGAGUCGACCGACGACAAGGACAAUCGGGAGUUGAGGGCCGACACGGAGUCUUCGUUUGGUAAAUCCAGCUGCAUGCCUCCGCCGUCGAACGUCAGCGAGUCCGUCGACAGAUUGGAGGGCUUCGACACCGCGCAGGAAGAUUCGGCGUCGAGCGAUCACUCUUGCACGGACGAUUAUCAGGCUUGUUGUUACAAAGGUAAGGUGUGUAAGGAUUGUAAGCACGGUAAAAACUGUCCGGACUGCUGUUGUCACGCCAGCAAACGGAAGUAUCGGAAAAAGAUGGAGAAGAUCAUGCAGGAGAAUAAGAGAUUGGAGGAUAUGCUGGCGAGAAGUAGAAGAGAGGUGGCGGAGAUUCGUGAUAUGCUGAGCAACGUGUUGUCGGUCAGGAUGGAACCGGGAUUUUAGAUAUGCGAUUAGAUAUGGGAUUUUACGAUUGCUAGAGUAUAGUUGCCAGUUUUGGCGAGAGUAAAUACUAGCCAUCUUGUGAUAGGGUGAAUGUGUGUUAGAGAGAAUUAUAGUACCUUGUAGUAACUUUGGGACCUUCCAUUCGACACUUCGUGAUCUAAUCUAUUCUUCUAUUUCAGAAGUCAAAUAUUUUCGAAGUUCACGUUUUUUGUAAGACACUAGCGAAAGCUAUUUCUAUAAUGUAACGUCUAAGAACGAUCCCGCAGCAUUUCUUUUUUUAUCUGAAACUAUGAAAAAAAAAUACAAAUAUGAUAACGUUCGAUUAUUUUUGCAUGCUUAUAAAUUCGUGAAAUUAUUAAUAUAAAUCUUUUCAUAUAUUUCGAUUUAUAUUUAUAUAACUCGUAUAUUUUUUUACAUUUACCUAAAGAAAGUUAUAAUUAAACAUAAAAAUCUUAUACUAUAUUUUGAUUUUAUUUAAUAUUAGGUAUUGGCACACGACCAAGAAAGAAAUGCAACAGAUUUAUCAUUACAAUACUUCGUUAAUAUUGACGUAGGUGUACAUGAUGUGAUUAAGAUAAAUGUAAGUUUUAAUUGAGAUAUGUCAGUUUAAACAUAUGGAUGAUAUUUUGGGAUCGAGAAGAAAAGAUUUUAUAAUCGAUAUCUGAGGUAACUAAAACUUUAAGAAUCCUGUGAGAUCCAUUUACUAAAUGUUUUCGUGAAUUUUAUUUUAAAUAAGUUACUUGAGACUACUGGCUCUUACAUUAUUUCGUCUUUUCUAUCUUUCUGUAUCUAUCUCCUAUUCUAAUCGUUACAUUAUUAUUUGUAUUGUAAAUCGCAUAUACAUUCCCGUUUCCCGCUACCAUACUUCCGAGUAUAGUAGUAUAUACUUGUUAAGUUUGAAAUACUGAAUUAACCUUUGUUACCUUGUAAUUAAAUUUGUUAAUUGAAAUAUCUCUAGCUCACAGUUGAAAAAAAAAAAGAGUAUCAUAGUUGUGCCUUGUUCACGUUUGAUAGAAUUUUUCUGUAUAAUUUAUUUAAUAUUUUUAUAAACAUAUACAUAAUAUAUAUGCGCACGAAAGGAAGAUUAACUACAAGCCGAGAAUGCCCAAUCAGAGCUGUAAUGAAAGUUUGAUACUUUCAUCACUCUUUUUAAAUAAUAUUUACAGUAAGCUUGAAAUGCUGGUCAUUCCAUACUGUAUGCAGAAAGAACUUGAGAUCUAGUCUUCUAUAAUACUGUCGGCACGGUGAUAACAUGUUUAACUAUUAAUUCUUAAUCCUCUGCCUCUUCCUGAUAUUUAUAAUCAAGAUAACGUGUUCCCCAGGAAUUUCACAAAACUGUUACUCAAUAUCAGUCGAGUAUAAAUUAUUGAGAGUUAAUUUAUGCUGCCAUAUUGGAAUAAUGCUACAUUUCCACAUAUCACAUUGAUAGAUAUUUAUAGAUAUAGACAAUAUUAUUUAGCUUUAAUCUAACAGCGGGAUCAGUAGCCAAUAUACUAUAUACUAUAAGAGAAAUCUGCGAUUUAAUAAACUGAAUGAAAUUUAAA